CAGCCUGGACCCACUCGAACAGAGGCAGCCAGCGGAACCUGCUUCCCCGAGAGCAGCUGAGCCUGGUCACGGGCUGGCCCCUCUGCUGCCCCGGGAGCGGGCCAUGCCGCCGCGGGAGCUGAGCGAGCCCGAGCCGCCCCCUCUCCGGGCCCCGACCCCGCCUCCGCGGCGGCGCAGCGCGCCCCCGGAGCUAGGUAUCAAGUGCGUGCUGGUGGGCGACGGGGCGGUGGGCAAGAGCAGCCUCAUCGUCAGCUACACCUGCAAUGGGUACCCCGCGCGCUACCGGCCCACAGCCCUGGACACCUUCUCCGUGCAAGUCCUGGUGGAUGGAGCCCCGGUGCGCAUUGAGCUCUGGGAUACAGCCGGACAGGAGGACUUUGAUCGGCUUCGUUCCCUCUGCUACCCGGAUACCGACGUCUUCCUGGCAUGCUUCAGCGUGGUGCAGCCCAGCUCCUUCCAAAACAUCACAGAGAAAUGGCUGCCCGAGAUCCGGACCCACAACCCCCAGGCACCCGUGCUGCUGGUGGGCACCCAGGCCGACCUGAGGGACGAUGUCAAUGUACUGAUUCAGCUGGACCAAGGAGGCCGGGAGGGCCCGGUGCCCCAGCCCCAGGCUCAAGGUCUGGCGGAAAAGAUCCGGGCCUGCUGCUACCUGGAGUGCUCGGCUUUGACCCAGAAGAACCUGAAGGAGGUAUUUGACUCUGCCAUUCUCAGUGCCAUCGAGCACAAAGCACGGCUGGAGAAGAAACUGAAUGCCAAAGGUGUGCGCACCCUCUCCCGGUGCCGCUGGAAGAAGUUCUUCUGCUUUGUUUGAACAGCUAUGGCAUGCAGUGCGCUGGAGGCUGGAGGCCAGAGACUUCCGGAAUGUGGGGCAGCGGGCCUUUGAGGGGGUUCCUGGCAGGGCCUGGUUACCCUAUGGGACUCAGUUUCCUUCUGAACACUGGGGACAUUCUCCUCUAACGGCCCGCUCUGAUAUGUCAGGGGGUCCGGUCCCUAGGGCCGGAAGGAGGAACGGCUCUGAUUUGAAUUUCUGCUGUCAAGGCUAACAAAGAAAGCCCAGCAUGUUGAUUUUCAUGGGAUGGCCCUAAUAGUGUUGGCCACCUUGGAGCAGUUUGGGAUCUAAUUCCCAGGUCCCCAAAUCAGUAUGGCUGAGUCAGGACUGCUUGUGGUGGUCCCCACCCCUUCUUUAAUACUGGGGGGCUGAGGAAGAGCCUUGGGAACAGCUGGGCAUCUUGGAGGGCUGGCAGGUGUCCAGCCAUGAUUUGGAGAGAAGUUUAAGAUAUGCCAUGAGGGGUUGAGAGGAAGGGAACGUGAGCCCUGAAGCUGUGGGGCUGGAGGUAGACCAGAGGGCUUGGCCUGGAAGGAGGAAGACAGGAGAGCAGGGAACUGAGGCAGCAGAGGAGCAGGCUGACAGCUGGGCUGCCUUCCCGGCCGCCGGGGCCAGGGGGCGGGGCUGGUCCCUGGGAAGAACUAGAUCCCAGGGCUCCCUAGGCACUGCCCAAACUGGCUGGGCCAGAGUGGGGCAGGAAGUGAGAGUCCUGGCCCAGCCAAGGGAGGGGGAGGAGCUGCAAAUUAAAGCCUGAAGGAAGAAGAGGCUGGGGGCCAUCCCUCUCCCCAGGGUCACAACCUAGAAGGUAGAGCAGUGCAGAGCCUGCAAAUAAAACCUGACAUUUCUGAA